GUUCGGGUGGCAGUGAAAACAUGUUUUCAGUUGCUGCUAUUAAAAAAAAAAAAAAAGGUGUGAUUUGCACCAGAUAAAACAAAACAUUUUUCCUGGUUAGGUUAUACUGCAGCCAGAAUCACUUCCUAACUCCACUGACAGCUGAACUGUGUGUGCUUUGCAGAACUGCGGCAGCGGCAGGAGAUGCUAAUGAGGAACCAGCUGAUGGCAGUAAACCCGCAGCUGAUGGGGCCGGGCCAGCAGAGGAUGCAGGCGAUCCCCGCCCAGUUUGAGCCGCGGCUGGUGGACAGGUACGGGGCACCAUUUUUCUGUUCCAGCACUGCAAUUAAUCACUCUGUGUGUGCUGUCCCUGAACUUGUAAAGACCUAUGGACAUUCUUAACAAAACAAUAACCUUCACAUAUCUCAAUUUUUUCUUUUUUUUUCUCGCAGAGAUCUGCUACCUUCAACUGAAAUGAUGGCCUCAGCUGACCCCAGACAGAUCCACAUAGCAUCCCACCUGGGACCCGCAGUCCCACAGCACCCCAGCAUGCCAAACCUGUUGUCCAACCGUGUCUACCCAGGAUACAGCUUUCUGCAACCAGAAUCCAUGGAAGCUGUGGCCAGAAGACAAGAACUGGUUCAAAAGCAAAAUAUUGCCAGAAUGGAAAUGGAGAUGAGUGCUAUUUUCCAGCAAAAGGAAAUGGAGAAAGCCCACCGGAAAGGGCUCCUGGGGCUGGAAGCCCCUUUCCUUUACCACGGGAUGCCAGCGAGCCCCAUCGCUUUCCGCGGCAGGCACAGGCUCCCUGACGGGCACCUCGCCAACGAGCUCUAUGUCCACCGCACCACCCUGGACGAGAUCCACGGCAACACCAUGCUGAUGGCGAGCAGCCCGUACCCGCCGGUCAGCACUCUGCAAAGGGAGAGGGGGCGCCGCCCAGGGAGGAGAGCUGGAAACCACAAAAGUGCCGAGGGCAGUGCCAACGGCACAAAGAACCAGGCAGAUGACAAAUCCACGGACUCUGCCUCAGCUGCGGCGGAUGAUGAGAAAGAAGACAAGAAAGAAGUAGAGGUGGAGACACCAAACAAACAUGAGCAGAGCAAAAACCAGACUGAGCCAUCUGCAGUUGCCAAGAACUGCAAAGAGUUUGAACAAGGAUUAAGAAAAAACUGUGCUACUCAGGAAAUUCCUACUGAAACCACCAGCUGCAGCAACACAAAUGAGAAGGAAGCCAACAGCUCCUGCGCUGCUUUUGAUGACAAGUACCUGUACCCUUCUGCAAUCCCAUUCUCAGCAUUACCAUAUGGAUUUCCAGUGCCCAACAACCCAUUGCUACCUUCAGGAGCUCAUGGCCUGAUGCUGAAUGGAGAAGACAUUUCUUCCAUCGAAGACAUUCGCAAGUGGACGGUUGAUGAUGUGCACAACUUCAUUGUCAGCCUCCCAGGCUGCUCAGAUUAUGCCCAGAUAUUUAAAGACCAUGCCAUUGAUGGAGAAACCCUUCCACUGCUAACAGAGGAACAUCUCCUGGAUACAAUGGGAUUAAAGCUCGGACCAGCAUUAAAAAUUCGCUCUCAGGUGUCCCGGCGUCUGGGCAAUGUGUUCUACAUGAUGAACGUCCCUCUGUCCGUGCCGCUGCCUCCUGCUCCCGGGAAAGCCCCGGAGCAGCCCUCUGACAUGGCCUCCCCUCUGCACUGCAACAGCAGCGGGGACACCCUGGACAGCCCCUGCUCCCAGGACCCUGAAACCUCCCAGGCUGUGGAACAGAUCGUGGCAGAAAGCAGGGAAAAUCCAUGUGACACAGCUGGAUCCCAGGCUGACUUCCAGAUGAUUGCUUUCCAGAAGAGCUGAGCUAAG